AACCUCUCCCCUCCUAUUCCUAUCUCCCGUCCCCUCUCUCUCUCUCUCUCUCUCUCGCGUCUAGCCUUUCUUUGCUGGCGGUGACGACUGGGCGAGCGCCGCCAUCCUACGCCCAGGUCUUCGUCGGGCCAGCCCCGGCGAUGAGCAUCCACUUCCACUAGUGUCCUAUACUGGAUCCGCCCCGCAGCAGGGUAUCUGCCCCUGACCUCAGACGCCCUGAUGGCAGGGCUGGAGGAGUUGAAGAAGAAGCUGCAACCCUUGCUGUUCGAUGACCCGGACAGAGGUGCCGCCAGUAACAGGGUGCCCUUUCCGGAAGAUACUUGCGAUUCCUACGUAGUUUCUGAUAGCGGAACUGUUAAUUUACUUAGUAGAUCCUUGGGUGAGUACAACAUCAAUGAGCAUGGAUUUCAUAAACGAAGUGCCAGGCAAGUCGAGUCAGAUUCUGAUGAGAAGGCAUACCGUUGCGCCUCUCAUGAGAUGCACAUAUUUGGUGCCAUUGGUAAUGGUGCAAGUAGUGUUGUGGAGAGAGCUAUAUUUAUUCCAGUUCAUCGUAUUUUGGCCUUGAAGAAGAUAAACAUAUACGAGAAGGAGAAGAGGCAACAGAUUCUCAAUGAGAUGAGAACAUUAUGCGAAGCAUGUUGUUAUCCUGGUUUAGUUGAGUUCCAGGGUGCAUUUUACAUGCCUGAUUCUGGACAAAUAAGCAUUGCUCUUGAAUACAUGGAUGGUGGUUCCUUGGCAGAUGUUAUAAGGGUCAAGAAAUUUAUACCAGAACCAGUUCUUUCACAUAUGCUACAGAAAGUAUUGCUUGGUCUGCGAUACUUGCAUGAAGUAAGGCAUCUAGUGCAUAGAGAUAUAAAGCCAGCAAAUUUACUGGUAAAUCUUAAGGGUGAGGCGAAGAUUACAGACUUUGGUGUUAGUGCUGGUUUGGACAACACAAUGGCUAUGUGUGCUACCUUUGUAGGCACGGUCACAUAUAUGUCACCUGAGAGAAUUCGCAACGAGAACUAUUCUUGUGCUGCGGAUAUUUGGAGUCUCGGACUAACAAUACUGGAAUGUUCUACUGGAAAAUUCCCAUAUGAUGUAAAUGAAGGCCCAGCAAAUCUCAUGCUGCAGAUACUGGAUGAUCCAUCACCAACUCCACCAGAAGAUGCUUAUUCACCAGAGUUUUGCUCGUUCAUCAAUGAUUGCUUGCAAAAAGAUGCUGAUGCAAGGCCCACGUGUGAGCAGCUUUUGUCACACCCAUUCAUUAAGAGGUACCUGAAAGCCGAUGUGGAUUUGGCAUCAUAUGUCAAAAGUGUUGUUGAUCCAACAGAAAGGUUAAAACAAAUAGCUGAGAUGCUUGCGAUACAUUACUAUCUCUUGUUCAACGGAUCUGAUGGGAUUUGGCAUCAUAUGAAGACAUUCUACAUGGAACAAUCUACUUUCAGUUUCUCAGGGAACGUGUACGUGGGCCAAAAUGACAUUUUUGAUAGCCUGUCAAAUAUAAGGAAGAAGUUAAAGGGUGACAGGCCUAGGGAGAAAAUCGUUCAUGUUGUUGAGAAGCUACAUUGCCGUGCAAACGGUGAAACUGGAGUUGCAAUUCGUGUAUCUGGAUCGUUCAUCGUGGGGAACCAGUUUCUUGUAUGUGGCGAGGGGGUAAAGGCUGAAGGGAUGCCCAGCUUGGAUGAGGUCUCUAUCGACAUCCCAAGCAAACGUGUAGGGCAGUUCAGAGAGCAGUUUAUCAUGCAACCAGGGAAUUUAAUGUCGUGCUAUUACAUAUCAAAGCAAGAUUUGUACAUCAUCCAAUCCUGAAUGAAUGUAUAUUGACUUGUAAAAUCAGUCUUCAAGCUCAUGUAUCAUGGCUGUGGAAAUUUUCCUUUUGAACUCUGGUUUUUUGAACCUAUGAAUCGUGUGCUUU